AUCUAAAAUAUCAUAAAUGGGUAAAAACGAGAAACUGGAUUAUAAAAAUAAAAACAAAAAGUUAUUAAAAGUCAUUUUGAUUACUGUUGUCGUUAUUGUGGUCAUUGCUGUGGCCAUUGGCGUCGGCGUCUACUAUGGAGUUCGUAAAGAUAUUUGCGAUAAUAUAAGCGUUGAGACCGACUGUCCCUACUGUCAACACCAGAGUUCACUUGGAAACUACUGUUCCAAAACAAAGUUAGGUAUAUAUAACAAGUUUGCAAUUAGUACAGACUCGGAGCCCUGUGCCAGCAUUGGUAGAAAAAUCAUUGAUGAAUACAAUGGCAAUGCUGUGGAUUCAAUAAUAUCAGUGCUGUUAUGUAUGGGAGUAACGAUACCCGAGUCGUUGGGAUUAGGCGGAGGAGCUCUGAUUCUUAUCUAUAAUGCCACUGAAGACAAAACGUAUACUAUCGAUGCCCGAGAAGUGGCGCCGGCGGCCGCCACUGAAAACAUGUUUGAUGACAAUCACAAACAUUCGGUAGACGGUCCAAAAGCCAUAGCAGUUCCCGGAGAAUUGUAUGGAUAUUGGACUAUGUUUGAGAAAUAUGGCAGCAAAAAUGUCAAAUGGGAACAGUUGUUUGAAAAAGCUAUCGAUUUGUGCGAAAAUGGAUUCAAUGUAAGCGAACACUUGGAGACAGCUCUCCAACAAAAAAGGAGUUUUAUAGAGAAACACAAGUCCUUGCGGGACAUCUAUAUUAACCCCGUAACCAACGACUUGUAUAAAGAAGGACAAGUGAUGAAACAACCGAUUUUGGGACAAACAUUGAAGAAUAUCUCUAAACAAGAAGAUCCAAUACAUUAUUAUUACCACAUUUUGUCCAAAAUUAUUAUCGAAGAUAUUAAAAAUGCUGCGAAAGAUUGGGAUAACAACGAACCAAUUAUAACUGUCGAUGACUUUAAAAACUAUAAAUCUGUUAACAAUAAUUCAGUGAUCACUAAAUUUGAUUUAAAUAACAUAACUCUUCAUUCAUUUCCAUUGCCUGGAAGUGGGGAUUUACUGUCAUUCAUGAUAAAUGUAAUGCAAAGAUAUAAUGGCUUUUAUCCCACGGCUGCCAACUCUACGGACAAUUCAACGCUUUUCUACCACCGAUUAGUUGAGACCUAUAAGUAUGCGUUCGCUCAGAGAACACAUCUGGAAGACAAUCCUUUGGAUCCAAAUGUGACAAAAGUGAUAAAAAUGUUGAGAAGCGAUGCAUUCGCCAAAAAUAUCAAUAAAUUAAUUAAUGAUGAAAUAACUUAUGCGAGCAAAUCUGGUCAUUACGAUAAAGAUUUGGCUAACAUUGAUGACGAUCACGGAACAGCUCACGUCUCGGUAGUCGAUUCCCAGGGAAACGCCGUAGCAGUUACUGCUACUAUUAACUCAUAUUUUGGUUCAAAAGUGAUGUCUCCGCGAACGGGUAUUCUGUUAAACAAUGAAAUGGACGACUUUAAUACCGGCGAUACCAAUGAUUUUGGUAUUCCUCCGUCAAAAUCUAAUAAAGUAAAACCUGGUCGACGACCCCUGUCCUCAAUGUGUCCGUCGGUUUUUACUGAUCAAACUGGUUUACGUCUUGUGAUUGGAGGAAGUGGAGGACCAAAGAUAACGACAACAGUGGCAUCGGUUGCUAUAAGAAACUUAUUCUUCGGUGAAGACAUACAGUUGGCCAUCGAUGGCCAGAGAGUUCAUCAUCAGUUGUUUCCCGAUAAAGUAAUUUAUGAAAAGUGUUUCCCAAAGGAAAUAUUGUGUGGGUUAAAGAAAAAGGGUCAUACAGUGGAACGGUUAGGUGAUAAUGAUAGGGGUGCCAUUAUUAUGGCCAUCGCCAAAAAUAAUGGCAAACUAUAUGCCAAUUCUGACUAUAGGAAAGGCGGAACUGUUGAUGGAGUGUAACAAUAGGUUAUUAUGAAUUUUAACCAUUAAUUUUUAAACUAAUUGUUAUUUAUUUGCAAAUAUCAUUACAAUAUUUAUGUUAACAUUUUGUUUUAAGUCAUUUUUAUGAAAUUAUCAUCGAC